CCGCAUGCCGAGCAGUUUUAAUACAGCUUACACGGUUUACGAUAGAUAAUACUUGAAUGCUACGCUCGACAUAAGAUCUUACUGUGAGAGUUUAACGUGAAGUUUCGCAUAUAAACAUAAGUUUAUUCUUGAUACAUUGUUAUUGUGGCGGUUGUUUCCUCAUAGACGUUGUGUUGUGUAGUUACACAACUAGUGACAAUGGACACGUUAAACACAGUGUUACAAAUGUAAUGGACGGGAUGGAAUUUAACGAAGGUAGUUCUGAAGCUGGCUUAAUGCCAUGUUUAUGUGUACACUAACUGUGAUUGUAUUCAGAGGAUUUGCAAGGCAAUUCUUAACUGCCAUUUCAUGACUGAUUUAUAGCGGAUGAGCACAGAAUAUGGCCAGUGCAGGUGUAAGUGUAGUGCUAGUGCUGAUGGGCUCCUUAUGGCUUUUGGCGCAAGGUGCACGAGUGGAAAAAAAGGAGGGGACCGGUAUUGUACGUAGUUGUGAACCCAUCAAACUGGACCUGUGCAAAGACAUGCAGUACAGUGUCACGGGGAUGCCAAAUGUUGCCAAUCACGAAUCUGUCAAAGAUGCUGAGCUGAUCAUGCAGACAUUCUCGCCUCUCAUUCAUUACGGGUGUUCCAGCAGACUUCGGUUCUUCUUGUGUUCAGCAUAUUUACCGAUGUGUACGGAAAAGGUCAAAGAAACAAUAGGCCCAUGCCGACCGUUAUGUGAAGGUGUCAAAAGUAAAUGCAAACCAGUAUUAGAAGACUUCGGUUUCCCAUGGCCUGAUGCCCUUAAUUGUUCCAAGUUCCCGGAAGAGAAUAACCAAAAUCACAUGUGCAUGAAAGGUCCAGAGGAAACAGUAGAUGAUACGAAGAAAGGAACUCCCGCCCCAGGCUAUGUGAAUUCAAAAUUCAACAAAGGAAAUGUAAACAAAAACAUAGAUAUCGAAAAGCCAAAGCAAGUGGUUUGUGGACAGUACCGUCAUCCUGACCACUAUCGCUAUAUAAACAGAACUCAAAGGUGUGCACUUGAAUGUGACAAAAACGAAGCCUUUUCAGGAAAGGACAAGUACUUUGCUGACAUAUGGAUGUCCAUCUGGGCUGGGCUUUGUUUUGUGUCUACAUUGUUUACCGUAUUAACUUUUCUCAUAGAUUCUCAAAGAUUCAAAUAUCCCGAGCGACCCAUUAUUUUCUUGUCGAUGUGCUACAACUUUUACAGUAUUGCAUACAUUGUUCGCUUAAUAGCUGGACGAGAAUCUAUUGCUUGUGAUAACAUUGACAGUCACGGAAGGACAAGUAUCCUUAUUCAAGAGGGUUUAGAAAAUACAGACUGUGCCAUUGUGUUCUUAUUGUUGUACUUUUUUGGAACCGCCAGUUCAUUAUGGUGGGUUGUUUUGACAUUAACGUGGUUUCUUGCGGCGGGAUUGAAAUGGGGUCAUGAAGCAAUUCAACUCCACAGCACGUUCUUCCAUGCCGCCGCCUGGGCUCUCCCGGCCAUUAAAACAAUUACCAUUCUGGUAAUGCGUGAUGUCGACGCUGAUGAACUUACUGGCAUUUGCUAUGUUGGAAACCAAAAUAAUGACACCCUGCUUGGUUUCGCCAUAGCGCCGUUGUUGGUGUACCUAGUAGUCGGGACCAGCUUCAUACUCGCUGGUAUUGUUGCAAUGUUUAAAAUCCGGGGACGGGUAAGAAAAGAGGGUGGACGGACAGAUAAACUAGAAGUUCUAAUGAUUAGAAUAGGCAUAUUUUCUGUGUUAUAUACAGUUCCGGCAAUGUGUGUAAUAGGGUGCUUAUUCUAUGAGUAUUUUAAUAGAGAUUCGUGGUAUUUAUCGAAAAGCAGUAGUUCACCAAAUAUGGCUGUGUUUAUGUUAAAGGUGUUUAUGAGCCUAGUUGUUGGAAUUACAAGUGGAAUGUGGAUUUGGUCGCAGAAGACGAUCACCUCUUGGCAAAAUUUCUUCAACAAAUUACAGUGCUUUCGUCGGGACGAGAGAAAACACACUAAAUCUUAUACGAUACCAGUUUACCAUUAUCAACAAAUUCCAGCAAAAUCAAACAUUUGUCGAGCACACAGACACGAGAAAUCCAAGCGGUCUGACACAAGUAAUGGUACAGUAGUGUAGUGCACAAAUUUGCCAGUGUUAUGUUGACACAUUUCAAAAGUAUUACUUAUUGUAUUUUUGUAUUACUUUAAAAAAACCUCAUCAAAUGUAGGUGCCCAAAUAUUUUGUAUUUUGUUCAUGUUAGUUUUGUAUAUUUCUGCAAACGUUAUUUAAUGAACAUAGAUCGCUUAUUAGAAACAAUUUUACAUUUUACCAAAGAAUAUUUAAAACUGAAUCGACACAUAUAUUCAUUUCUAUUGACCGAUCUAUAUUCAUGUACCAUUGGUGCUUUAUCCUUCCUCUUCUUAUCAUUGAUUUUUCUCUUAUCCAUCGAGCUUCAGAAUGUGCAAAUCCAUAUUUUUAUGUAUGAAUGCUUUCAGACCAAGUUUUUUUUUUCCUUUCAAUAAGAACAAUUGAAAUUAUUGACAAUAAUUCAGUCUUUGGAAUUUUAUCAAUAUGCUUAAAUACAAUCUCUAUCCAGUUUUCUUAAAAUCAACAAAAUUUGUUGAAGGGUAUUAAAGAGUGUUUAGUUAGCAAUGGAUCCCCGUUUUGUCAAGAUAUGCUUUGUUAUAAAGCGAAAUGCUGCGUUUUUGUACUGCUCUAUAGAGUCUACGCUGCAAAUAUUAUAUUUCUUAAUUCUUCUAUUUUUGGAUUGAAAUCAAGUUUUAAAAAUACAUAAAUCAUAGUCAUUAUCAUAAAAAUUCCAUAAUCAUUUGGUGAAUUUGAAAUUGUUAUAGAAUUAUGUACUACAGUGUAUAGUAUUCAUUCGCGGAUAGAUAAAUACGUUUUCAUUCAAAUAUAUCUAAAGAAUUUAAAUUCCAUGUCAAAUUGUAUGGGUCGUUUUUUGAACUGCGAAACACUUACUGCUGUUUACUCUUUUAAAACAUACUAUUGUCAAUCACAUUGAAAAGAAAUAUAUAGCCAUUAAAAUUUGUCAUUCGCUCCAUAAAUCAAUAACUAUUGAUGAGUUGACAGAUGGAAAAAAAGUUACAGGUCAUUAGGAUUAAUGUGAUUGUACCUCGGCGAGAAAUAACUCUCAACGCGCCAAACAAAUCUCGGCAUUAUGGAAAACCAUAUUUAUUGCAUAAUUCUUAAGGGAAUCAGUGUUAUUAAAUCACGCAUAUAUUCAUAUUCAUAAAACUCUUCCGGGCGUGUAAGCUCCUCUUCAUGAUUAGCUCUGCAUAUAAGGAUAUCAUUAGCUAUAAUUGCGAACUUGAUAUUUCACUUGCUUCUUUUGGUGGCAUGCACCUCGCUGUUGUUACAUUAUCUCUUGGUUGCCUCAUACAUGCUUCGAUUGGUUUCAGUUUCUCAAUUACCAGUAAUCAUUCGACUGUUAGCAAGCAAUUUCUUUUGUGUUUUUGGACUUCGUUGUUUUACAUCACUUUACUAGGGGUUGGCAGUUGCAUCGAGGCCGUAUUAUAAACGGUUCAACAUUUUCUGAGAUUUCCCUGUUAUUGGUAUUUGCCUUUUCAGAGUAAUUGCCAUGAACCGUUGUAUUGGCUAUUUCAUUGAUUUUCCAUGGAUUUUAAAUGGAUGAUAUUCAAAAGCCCGUAUUUAUCUCGUAUUUGAUCUGUGUAUAUUUAUCAUAAUUACCAUCUAAUAGGGAGUCGGAGGCUACGGCAUCUGCUGACAUUUUUAAGUCUGGAACUUUUAGUGCCGACCGUAAGGGAUCAAUACCCUUCAAGGUUUUACAUUGAAAUCGACAUAAUCUUUAUCGAUUGCAAAGGCUAUGAAUCGAUUUCCUGUCAGGAAUGCAUUUGAAUCUUUUGGACAAAAUAUUUUUGUUGCCAUCCUACGCUCCUUUGAACGGUAAUCUUUAUAGCUUAUGGAGGAUAAUGGUUCCCUUAUAUUAUUUUCUUUUCUGAAUGCAUACCUUCUAUGGAUGCGUUUUCAAAUAUAAAGUGAUGUAUUUGUCUCUCGUUUCACGUUGUUUUACCUGUCAUAUCGGCUGGUUUAAACUUGCAAAUUAGCAUUUCGAUGAAGUCAAGUAUUUUAAUUGCCUUGCCGUUUCAUCAUAUAUACGCAAUUUCACUUAAUUUUGUGUAUAUUGUUUGCACACAAUUUCACAUUGAUUCGUGUCCUUUUCUGUCAGGUCCUAAUGACACUCUAAACCUAGCUUGUUUUUGCCUAUCAAUAACGAAUUCUCUGCAAUAACAAUUGAAUUAAAUAUUUAUUGUUAAUUGAAAUAUGCAGGUUAUCUUUUUUAAUCAGAGAUAAAAACCUUGCAAUCAAUUAAGAACCACCCAUGUUGUGUUUUAUUAGCAUGAAUGAUCGUAGCAAAAUUAAUGAUGGAUUUAUUGUGAUCUAGAUUCAUCAGAUAUCUUUACUGAAUGUUUUUCUAACGGCACUUUAUUAGUUUUAUUACUAGUGUUGUCUACACUAAGCUUAAGAACUUUUGCUUUGUGCGCUCUUGAUUGGCGUUCGAAAGCAUCCCGAAUGAAGUGAGGAAUACUCAUCACGCUAAUAGGGUAAAUUGCACUUCGUUUAUACUUGGGAUUAGCGCAGAUACUGUCUAUGGCUUUAUUGUACGAGGUAUUAAUUAGCAAUGAUAGAGUGCCAGUUUAUUUUAUUGACAGCAUGAUAGAUUAUUAUUGCGAUGCCUCAAUUUAUGGUCGGAUUAAUUUUGAGUGACUGCUGAUGGCUGUGUGUGCAGUAUGUAUACUAUGUAGUACUCUGACUUCCAUAUUCGUGUUCUGCCCUUUGGUUUGGCAAGUAGGGCGGGAUUAGAAUAUUGACUAUGUCGAUUAACCCGUGAAAUCCGCAGCUGUGGAGUGGGAAUGAUUAUAAAUAUGCUCAGUGUUAUCGUUAUACUAGCGGAUUUAAGAAAUAAAACAUUGUUCUGAAUCUGUCAAACAACGUUAUCAUCUUUAUCUCCAGCUAUGAGGAGAAACUACUCAAUGCGGUAUUUGCAUAUUUAUUGUAAACAAAGAAAGAUUUCUCAAGACUGUCACUGAGUAUGAAGCCGUCAUAAAGAUUUCAACUUUAAAUCAUGAAAUGUGUUAUCAAGCGAGCUGUACUAGGUUUUGCGAUUUGGCAUAUGCCACAUGGCCAAUUUUCUUGGGUUAAACUUUACUUCCCUCUUGUCUGGUGUUUGCUAAUGGCAUUUCGUUCUCCAAGGAAUUUAUCUUGAAAUAUGAAAUUAUCUAACUCUUAUCAUAAACAGUUUUUAAAACCAUGUAAACGUUUCCUAUGCAACUCUGGUUUAUGUUUCUUGGUUUGUCUUGACGUUUUGCAAUGCCAUGUAUACCACAUUUACGUUUGUUUCUUAACCACCUGGUUUAGGUAUAUUGUUCAUACUUUUCGUGUAUUUACCUGCUUCGGUUUACCUUGAAUGAUUACAAUGUGUGCUUAUCUAGACUUGAAAUGCAAAACGGAAAUUGAAUUUCUCCUCUAAAACUUCGAACAUAAUAUUAGAAAGCAUGACAGUUUUUUUUCACUUGCCAAAAACCUGUACUAGUACCAAUAACAUUGUUAUAGUAUUUCAACGUAACUAAGCAGAACCCCUGAUAGGAAACUCCCCGUGGUUUUAGAGACGUCUUGAUUCAUUGCUCCAACUACCCAGAUACCGGUCUGUUUUCUGUUUUGAUUGUUAGUUUCUAUUAGCUCGGGCGUUUAGUUCUAAUGUGUUCUUUCCAACAAAAUAUACUCCCACCUCCUGCGAAUCUCAGUGAAAUGAACUCGUUUGUGUGUUUUACUAGUUUUUAUUUUGCUGCCUGUUUUGAAUAAUAAGAAAGAAAGAAAAACAUUUGAGAGUGCUGGUCGUUAUACUAGUCAGCAGUUGUUUUGCUAUUUUUGUCGAAAAUUGUUUUUAUCGUACUCGUGUAUUGUUUGUAUUUACUUGAAUAGAAGCUCCCAACAUUCAUACAUACCACACAAAAACAUUCAUGCAUCAACAUGCUUUCUUAAUACAUCAAUACAUGUUCUUGACAUUUGAGAUCAUGAUUCACAGGAGCCCUGUCACAUUGGAGGUGGGGUAUGUUUCACUGAUAUUACCGGCUUUAAAUUUAUAUGUUUAUUCUUGGCUUUUAAUCUUAUCUUUCUCCAUGAAAUUAUCAAGAAUUUCGACGUUUUCUUCUCCCGAGGAAAUUCUCAGUAAAUGUUCCCUGCCGGGUUGCUUUUUAACUGACAUUUUACUCGCGAAUUCUAUAUAUCAUUCCUGCGGUAGCCUGAUUUUUCUUUCGAAGUUUGUUUAGAAACCUUUCUCCAAAUCUGCGUCAAAUUAACAUUCUUUAAAGCGUUUUUUUCCAAGCAGUAGAACUUGAACUCUCAGUUAACCAUUUAAUAAUGCUCCGGUCUAAAAAUUGUGUCGGUAAUUGUUCACUAUCGUUAAACAAGCGUUUGUAAUAUAAUAUAACAGCGUUUAUGUAGAGCAUGGUGUAUACAAAUACUGUGUGUAUGUAUGAUGAGAAAUGUUUAACAUUCUUUAUGUUCAUACAUAUGAUAAGUGACUUAAUUAGUUUAAUUGACAUGGUCUUGCAUACAUAAUGUAUUGUUUUUUACGUGAUUAACUUCUUCUUAUGUGUAUUUUUUACGGAAUCAAACUGAACAAAGAAUGCGUAUUGCUGUGUUUAAAUUGAACAGUUUAAUCUAUGAAAUUGUGUUAAUGAAUAAAAUAUAAACAAGGAAACAUAAGCGUUUCAAACAAAAGAGCAUCACGAAGCAGACAUGACAGUUUUAUUUCUGUUCUUAAAGUAAUAUAAUAAAACUUGCUGCAUUACGCAGAGUUUAGAGAUGAAUAUAGCUACGCAAUCUGUCGCAUUUUAACAUCUUGAAGAUUAGGUCUAAUUUAUUCUGGUGUUUUUAUGUACUCUGUUUAAGUUAUUCAUAAUUUUCCGGCGCGUAUAAUACCGAAAUCCGACACUUAAGCCCUGUGUUGGUAGGAAUUUAAACGACAAAAGUAUGAUAUGUAUCUUAAAGUGUCAAGACUUCAAAUUUCAGUAGUGCGAUUUAAACAAAACUGUGCAAUUUCAUUACCUUCCCCUAUUAUGAUGGUAAUUAAAUUUUUGUGACGCUUUAUGGGAUAAUACUUGAAUAAAACUGUUACCUAUGUCAGGUUUAAAGUAUAGAAACUUGCUUGUUCUGUACUUGUUUGUUAAUGUUACCACAUUUCAAUAUAAAUAAGCUAAACAUGUAAAGGUAUGUUAAUAUUAUAUUUCCUUUUAUAUUAGGAAGUGAUUUUGUUCAUGUUCUCCCAUUGUAUUAAGAAAACCAAGAACAAACCGUUUUGUUUAUUUGUACUCGCUUGUUCGAUAGUGUUAAAUUAUUUGUAAAAGUUAUAGAUUUAUGGGGUAUGGCAGCACUUGUCAGCAUUUCCUACAAUCUACGCCAAACCUAACCCAUAAUAAGUGAAUCAAUUCAUACUUCCAUUUCAGUUUCAAUCGAUGUUUGCUUUGGUAUAUAAGGGGUGAACUGUACAGAAGAUUUACGGUAUAUCUAACAAAGUAAAGCCUGUCUAAAUAAAUUUGGAUUUGCACAUUCAGAAGCAUUGCUUCAAUACACUAUUAUUGAACCUGUUAGCGAUACUCUGACAAAUUCCCCUUUAGAAUUGUUUAUCAGUAUGUUGACGUUUACAUAGUCAUUUGGUUUGUUUACCUUUUCGUUUGUUCACCUUUCAUUGCUAAGAUUAACCGGCUCUGUUUGUUAAAGCAAUUAUCGUUAUUUCUUAAAGGCAUUAAAUAAAGCUUUACCUCCCGUUUCUUAAGCAUGCCGUAUGUCAACAUCAGCAUUAUUCCUAACAUUUUAUAAAUUUUCAUUCACUUUAAUUUAGUUACUAGUAUACGAAUUAAUGUAUUCGAUACACACGCGUACAUAUGAUAUGUUUUUGCCUGGUGACCCUAUUUGUUGGUAUUUUAAGAGUUUUAUGUGCUGAGAAAGAAUAUUCAUUUUUUUCUAAAACUAAUAAAACAAGAAAGGCUUGUUUUGCAUAGAAGUAUUGCAAAACAUUUCGUUUUAUGACCAUUUUCACUAGAUAUAUAGAGCAAAUAAACUAACUGUAAUAACUUGAUGUAUGAGGUUUUUGGUAUUUUUGUACAUAGUUUCAUUCAGUAAGAAACACCCUUCAUUUGAUACCAACAUUAUAUGGGCUCACCAGGCAACAAAUAAAUUAAAUUAUUGUUAAAAUUAGCAUUGUCAAAAAAUUAUUAUUCAUAUGUCAAAAAUCAACUUUAUUGUUAAUGUCAAAAUUUAACAUUAUUUUUAAUGUCAACAAUUAACAUGAUUGUAAAUGUCAAUAAUAAAUAUUAUUGUUAAUGGAGCUAUAAGAGAUCUAGCUUAUUUGUGGUUAUGUUUCCUUAUUCGUACUCUACUUUCUGUUAUGAAUAGAAUGUACAUUGCAUGUCCCUAGCUAGUUUCAUGCUUUAAGUCAAUUUAUUUUUCAGUGUGAAUGUCAUACAUGUUUUAUAAUGUUAUGAGUAAACUAUUUCAGCAUUUAUAUCGAGAUCAGGGCAUCAAAUGUUUCAUUGUAUAUUGAUAAUUGUGUUACAGACUGUUUUGUUAUUUAUAUGAUGAAAAAAUAUUAAAUGUCUACAUAA